UAAGCGAAAUCGCACAGGAAGUAGCACUGGAAGCAGGAGUAACAAUUUGGGUCGACGGUUCGCUUUGGAACCACGACUAUUAUAAAGAAAGAUUCAAGCGCAUACGGAAAUCCUAUCCCCAGUACCGCAUUGCGAUCGUCUCGAUAACUUAUGUUGAGGACGAAUCUAUUUAAACACUUUCUCGAUUAAUCUACUAAGGAGGUGUGGGAACUUCCCCCAGUAUUCGAUUUUAGACUUUAUAAUUAGCAGCUCUUAGUUUAGAACGAGUUAGUUCUAGAAGCAAAGAGUUAGUUUAUGUUGAGGACGAAUCUAUUCGAUUUUAGACUUUAUAAUUAUGGCUCUUAGUUUAGAAGUUAGUUCUAGAAGCAAAGAGUUUGAGUUAGUUCGUCUUCUAGCAGGCACAAGUAUAAACUUUCCGACCGAGCAGGACAGAAUUCUUGACUUGUUAUAAGUAUUUUCCUUUUGUUCCUUUCGACUGCGCUUACUUUCAUAUCAUUCGCAUCAAUAUUUCAGCUCUUAGACUUAGUCUUGCAACCGACAUCAUCAUUUAGAAGUUAGUUCUAGAAGCAUUCAAAGAUGGUUCGUUAUCGUUUCCAUGAUCCGGAUCCUCUUCUAAUACUGUGCAGAAGAGAGCAUCGUUCAGAAGAGGUUGGCAGAUCGUGCUGUCGAGACUGGACGACAGAUCCCGCCUCUGCGUGCGCGCACGGCCGCCAGAGCUUUAGAGCGCUUACCGGAGCUCACUGGCCUCGUAGAUUUUCAUGCGCGCAUCACCAAUGACCUCGAACCGGUCCUCGAGUACGUGGAAAUGCACAAUUCCCAAGGUGACUGGGACCUCAUCCAGAGGCUAUUCUGACAGAAGCUAUUCUGACAGAGGCUAUUCUGAUGCACAUCGCGAUGAAAUUUCUUGUUCGUGCUUUAUUGUUAUCAUGCUUAACUACUUUAGCUUUAGGAUUAGAGACUAGCACAGAAUAAAGAUUUUUUGAAUUCUUGCAUUUCUUGAUGACUGUUGACAGUACAAACUCGCACCGAAUCAAUGAAAUCUUUGAUUACAACUAAGUACUUUCUGAGACUUGGUACAGCUGCUAGCUGUGAUGAAGAUACUCCUUGUCGACGAUGUUUUACACAUCGCGCUACGAACUCUGACUCGCAAUGCUCGAUGCUAAGGUCGAUGGAAAUUCCGCUACUGUUGGUGGACGAGC